UUUCAUUCGCAAUUGAAUUUCAAUUUCCCUUUAAGGCCUUUAAUAUCUACCCGCAUUUGUGCCUAGCCUUAUGUCAUAGUCUCAUUCACAACAAACGCAUUUUCACAAACACCUUCUCUCUCUUCCUCUCCCCCAAACCCUAGUCUCUCAUAUCUCAUUUCACCGUUCGGUUUCAUCAUGAAAGGAGGAAAGUCCAAGGGUGAAUCGAAGAAAGCUGAAACGAAGCUUGCGGUGAAUAAGAAGGGUGCUCCCGCCACCAAGGGCGGAAAGAAGCCAGCCAAGGGAAAAGAGCCAAAGGACCCUAACAAGCCAAAGAGGCCUCCAAGUGCUUUCUUCGUUUUCAUGGAGGACUUUAGGAAGCAGUUCAAAAAGGAUAACCCUGACAACAAAGCUGUGUCUGCAGUGGGUAAAGCAGCUGGAGCAAAAUGGAAGUCAUUGACUGAUGCUGAGAAAGCCCCAUAUGCUGCUAAGGCAGAGAAAAGGAAGGCUGAAUAUGAGAAGAACAUGAAGUCCUAUACCAAGAAACAGGCCGAGGGCCCAGCUGCUGUUGAAGAAGAAGUAGAAUCUGAGAAAUCAGAAUCUGAGGUGCAUGAUGAUAAUGAUGAUGAGGAAGAAAGUGAAGAGGAGGAUGAUGACGAGUAGACAUUUGGUUGAUGAUAACAUUUAUGUAGGAUGCUAUGUUGAUGAUUUGAUCAUCUUAUGUAGAUGAUUAGGUCAUUUCCUGAUAAACAUAUCUUGCUACCAGAAAUAUUUUGCUGCUCUCUCAGUUAAUGUUGUCUGUUCAAAACUUGAAUAGUUUAAAAUGAGGGAGCAAGCUUUUAUUUGUAAUUUUAAGGCCAACUCUUUAGUUAAGAGGUGUUUAUCUUUUGUAGAGUGUUUAGUUUUUCAUGAUGGAAUCUCUUGAUGUUCGUAUUAACAUAAUUUUCUUAUUAGCUUUUCA